AGAAACACCUGGAGAAACCCAGGAGUGCCUUCAGCAUCUUCAUACUCAACAUCAUCAGUGGCAACACCUGAGGCCAUGGAAGAUGACAUCUUUCAACCAGGGCCAUCAACUCGAAUCAAACAUUUCAAUGAAUCUCUGCAGCUGAUGGGAGAAACACCAGUGAAAGAGCGGAGAGCCCGAACGUACGAGGAGGUGCUGACACUCCUGAGCGGCGGCUACAGUGUCACCCUCAUGGUGAACUUCCCGGACUGCGACGUCUUGAGCGGCGAUCCUUCGGGGGAACAAUACUCUUUUUGGGCCCGGGUGGAGAACUGGAAGGAAGUGGAGGUGGGAUCCGUGAGGGAAAUCCACGUGGACGUCUCUUCAAUCACAGACGACGACGACGGGCAUUGGCGUCACGUUCACGGGACCGUGACAGGGAACGGCGAGGUGAUCGUGACUGACUCGCGAAUCCGACCGCCGGAGUGGAUCGCCGUGAAGCAGACCACGUUUUCCUGCUCCCUCGAUGGCAACGGCGUUUCUUUCGUCUCCGAUGGGAUACCCGUCUAUCGCCACGAGAAUGGCUCCUCGAUCCGUGCAGCAUUGCUGGAAGGGAAGAGAGUGGAGGCGAUCUUAUACCGACACAAUUGCAACCAAUACCCUCCGCCCGAUCAUGCCGUCUGGCAUGGUUCAUCCGUCCACUAUUUCUACGGAUUUCCUGAUGAAAGUGAGGUGGCUGUGAUGACGUGGAACUUCGGCUUCCAGUGGAAUGGGUUGGCGGGAGAAGAUUUCGCGUUGGAGACAUUGCUGCUUGUUGGAGGGAGCUGGUCAUCCGAUGAAUAUGGAAUCUAUAUCGAGAGGGGGCAGGUCGACCCCGCCGGAUGGGACUCUUUGUCCAGGGACUUUGACAGAUGUCUUUACAGCAACUCCUCUAGGAGGUCGACGUGGUCUUGCCCCGGCAGCAAACAACGGUGGGCCCACAUUGGCUUCGAGCGGGAGAAAGUGGGCCAACAUCCCAGUCGGCUUGCCGAUGCUGGCCCCACAUUGGCUGCGUAUGACAAUCGAGUGAAGUACUUCUCCCUGGAGUACCUCAAGCCCGACCGAGAGAGACUCGGUGAGCAGGAGACGGUGAAGUACAGAGAUUACGAGGAAACAGUGAAGGCAUUACUGGAAGGGAGGGAACUCUGGGUCAUUCUGGACACGACCACGUGUAUUAACGUCACCAACAAUCCCGAACUUGAUUUCCCAUUGAUCUUCGGUCAGAAAUUGCUUGCGUGGGAGCUGUUUAACGACACGGCGUUUGGUCCUCUGGAAUACUUUGCCUUCUCGGGAUUCUCCCUCCCACAAGAUGGCGGCAGUACUUGGUUCGACUUGAAGGAAUGGCGAGUGUUCGAGACUGGCACGGUGGAGUUCCUCUGGCACAUGCACUACCCGGACGGUUCCUACCCGGACGGAAUAUUCGAAGAGUUCAUCUGCUCCUUCUCUGAAAACGCAGUCUAUUUCGUCGCCGAUGCCGAUCCCAGGGAAUCAGUCUAUAGCUACUCUGACCUGGAAAGCCAGAUUGAGAUGGGUCAGCGAUUGAGCUUCGUCUCUCCGUACCACGAAUGCGAAGCCGGACCCGGAGUCCAGGCCAUCGGCGGUGCCCCGAUCUCUCAAGUUCACAUCAAUGCGGAUCCCUCAGGUCAAAGCUCGAGGAUGGUCAUUCCCAGUAACUCCUUCAUUCAUAAUUACCGGACGGAUGAUGGAUACGCGUGGAACUCCGUCCCCAUGCACGUAGAGGAGGAGGGCGAGCACAUUCAAUUCUACCCCAGCCUCUUCGAUUCAAGCACCUGGGAGAACUACUUCACGGAGGGUUAUGCAUACAAUUGCUCCCAGUUCGAUGGCCAGACCGAGAUCCUGCUUAAUACAGUUCUGAAGGUUCAGCACCCAUUUGCAUCCUUGUGCGACAAAUGUCUACGUGCUGUGUUACAUGUGCGUUUGUCGCCGCCUGCACGUGUUCGCAUGCCAUCUCUCUCCUCCACCCUCAUCAGAUUUAUCCCAUUCGCGUUCAGGUUACCCAACCGUGUCAAGUGCUUCCACUGGUUGCAUUGUCGUUCGUCGAUUCCGAAUUUCGGCUGUGGAUCGGGUUUCUUGGUGAGGUCUAUUAACGAGACAUCUUUUCGUGCUGAUGCAUCAUCAGAAAUGAAGACAUUUACGCAAAGUUUCAACCCCACUACUGGAAAAUUAGAAUGGGAAAUGCAGGAUGAGGACUAUGAUUACCACCAAGAAGUGGCCAGAUCAGCUUAUGCUGACAUGCUACAUGAUCAUGAUAGAAAUGAGAAAUACGAGCUGGCAUUGAAGAAGGCAAUUGCAGACCACAAAUCCAGAGGAAUCCCUGCUCAUGUUUUAGAUAUUGGGACUGGAACUGGCCUGUUAUCUAUGAUGGCAGCAAGAGCUGGAGCUGAUUCUGUUGUUGCUUGUGAGGCAUUCAUUCCCAUGAGUAAGUGUUGCAGGGACAUACUCAAGGCAAAUGGUUUAUCUGAAAAGAUUCAUUUGGUCCCAAAAAGAUCCACAGACAUGCAUGUUGGACCUGAUGGUGACAUGCCACAUCGUGCGAACAUCCUGGUGACUGAAGUCUUUGACACAGAACUGAUCGGUGAAGGAGCUAUUGGUACAUUUAGACAUGCUAUUUCAGAACUCUUGGAGCCAAAUUCCACAGUGAUUCCAGCUUCAUCCACAGUGUAUGUUCAAAUGGCCCAGAGUGAAAUAAUUCAUCAAUGGACUCAACCAUCACCCAUUUGUUUACCAAGACACAAAGAUAUCGUAUUCCCUGAAAAUGUCAGGCAAUGUCAUGGGGCCCCUGCCAUUCAUGAUGUUCAACUAAGUGAAUUACCUCAAGAGAUUUAUUCUACACUGUCUCCUCCCAUACCUACCAUGUUUGAUUUCACUGGAGAAAAGAAGCCACUAAAAAAUGAAGAAACUGAAAAAACUACUGUCAAGGCUGAGAGGUCUGGCACAUGUCACAUCCUCUUCGUGUGGUGGACUCUUAAGAUGGAUUGUGAGGGAGAGAUUGUGAUAUCCUGUGCCCCUAAGUGGAAUGAUACUUCAAAAUAUGCAUGGAGAGAUCAUUGGAUGCAAGCCAUCUAUUACCUUCCUCAACCUGUCUCCUUCUCCAAGGGAGAUGAUCUGAUCAUCACUACUGCCCAUGAUGAAUAUAGUUUUUGGUUUCACAUGCAAAAGCCUCAUCUUCAACCUCUGCCAGUAGAAAGAUCAGUAUGUACAUGUUCCCUGCACAUCAUCUGUAGCCGUGCCAGACUAGGAAUGAUGAGUGAUUCCAGAAGAAACCAAAUAUUCCUUGAUGCCUUGGAGCCCUUUGUUGAACCAGACACCACCUGUUUGUGUCUGAGUGAUGGUUCCCUUUUGUCACACAUGGUGGCUCAGCUUGGUGCAAAAAGGGUUUUUGCCUUGGAAACAAAUCCCCUCUCUCAAUCUCUUGUUGAAUCAAUUUCUGCUAAAAAUGGCCUUGAAGACAUCAUAAAAGUUCUUGGAAAGGGUGACGAGGAUCUCUCCCUUUUGGAUCUUGAUGGAAAAUCAGUGAAUAUGCUGGUUGCAGAGCCUUUCUUUUACACCAGUCUCUUGCCCUGGCACAAUCUCUACUUCUGGUACCAGUGUGUUGGCCUUCGAACAGCAGGGCUCCUGUCCCAAGAUGUCAGGAUAUUUCCCUGCAAGGCAUUUCUCUGGGCUAUUGCUGUUGAGUUUCAAGACCUCUGGAAGAUCCGCAGCCCAGUCCACAAAGUCUCUGGCUUCCAAAUGCAACCCUUUGACAGUCUCAUCAAUAAUGCAUGUGAGAGAAGUGAUCCUCCUGUGGAAGCUCAACAUCUCUGGGAAUACCCAAGCAUUGCAUUGACUGAACCCAUUCAUCUACUCACCUUUGAUCUCACUGAUCCUCUCCCUGAAACAGCAAUUUCAGCUCAGGGAGCUACAUCAAUCCUCAGUGAUGGGAGAUGCAAUGGAGUGGCUGUGUGGAUGGAAUGGCAGCUGAGUCCAAAAUGCAAGAACAGAAUCGGCAAUGGACCAAUUGGUGGAGUUGUCCCUGCAUUCCUUGUAGACAUGGCUGAAGCAGUCAUGCCAGAUAUCAAUUUGGUUGUUCAAGUCAUUCGGACUCUACAUCAUGAUUUGGACACUUCCAAUAAGGAAAAGGCAUCUGCUUGGUUGGGAGAGCUUCAGAGAUCUGUCUUUGCUUGGAAGGUGUCGGAUGAGCUGCUGUUUCGGAAUGAAGGAGUGGAAGUAAAUUAUUUUGCAGCACAGACAAUGCGCUCAAAGAUUCAGUAUUCCUUCCAUGAACUGCCUUCUGAGUCUCAUGAAUCUCUGCGGGAUUCUCUGCUUCAGCAUUUGAAACGAGUGAAUCAAGAGACUCAUCCUGUUAUCAUCACACAGUUGUGCUUGGCCUUGGCUGACUUGGCGCUCCAAAUGGCAUCUUGGAGGAAUCCUGUAAGCGAUAUCCUUACAUACCUAGCACCAGCUGAUGACUCCAAUUCCUUCCUCUUACCACCAUUGGACAUUCUCCGUGUUCUUCCUGAGGAAUUGUCUUCAAGGUCCCUCCGUUUGGGAGACAAGAGGAGAGAGGCCUUGAAGAUGAUCCUUCUUCAAUCUGUGCCUGAUAUGCUUCACUUCCUUAGUUCCCCUUCCCUGCAUGAGGCAGCCACUGAAUGCAUUUGUUCAGCUGUGGUCUUGAUGGAGGAUCAUGAGAAGCACACUCAGUUGGCUCAUAUGAUGGUCAAUCGUGUUCUUGCCCUUACUGAAGUCUAUCAUAUGGCUGUCGCUCAUGAGGAUGUGGAGAAGUGCUCAAAUCUAUGUCGUGUGAUAUCAGAAUUGGCAGAAUCUCUCCUAGAAAGCAUGGUGCAGGAUCCCUCAAGAGGUCUGGCUCCUCUUGAGGCUGCCAUCACUUGCAUGGGCCAUCAUGAUUAUGAAGUGGCUGAGGUCACUUUCAAUCUGUGGUACAGGUUAUCAGAAGAAGUGUUCAAAUACAAUGAUGAUUGCCUGAAUGUUAUCUUCCAACCCUAUGUUGAGAGGCUACUUACGUCCCUCUGUCGGCACUUGCAAAUGGAACCAGACCAUGAUGGUGUACUUGAUGAAGGAGAUGACUUUGCAUCUUUUCGACACCGUGCAUCAGAGCUAAUCAAAGAUGUUGUGUUCAUCGUGGGGAGCAGCACUUGUUUUCGGCAAAUGGUUCUUAUCCUCCACUCUCCCAAUGUUUCCUGGGAAGCCAGCGAGGCUGCACUCUUUGUCAUGCAUGCAGUUGCCAGGAAUGUCCCUGUGGAGGAUGAAGAAGUAGUGCCACAUGUGAUAGAUGCCAUACUCAACCUUUCACCAGAGAUCCAUGUUGCAGUUCGAUUCACCUCCAUUCAAGUUUUAGGGGAGCUCUGUGAAUGGCUUGAAAGACACUCUCAGAAGCUUGAGGAAGUUUUCACUUAUUUACUGAAUGCUCUGGGGACAGGGCCACCUCUUGGAGUGGCUGCAUCAGUGGCAUUGCAAUCAAUAUGCAAUGCCUGUCGAGAUCAUAUGACUCCCCAUGCACCAAAACUGUUUAAUGCAGCUCUGUCCCUUGAUUCCCUCCCGCAUCCCUUGCCUCUAUGGCCUGUGAUGAGUGAAGUGAUGAGCAAGUAUGAGGCUGACUCAAAGGUGAUAGAAAGGACAUGCCGGUGUGUUCGCUUUGCCCUCAGAUGUGUUGGGAGUGAUGGCUCCUACCUUCUACAACCAAUGGCAGCCAAGAUGGUGGAACUGUAUGAAAAGCACCGCCACCCUUGUUGCCUCUACCUGGGUAGUGUCCUGGUUGAUGAAUAUGGAUCAGAUGAGAAUCAGGUCCAAUUGCUUUUGGGGAUGCUUCAUGCAUUUUUGCCUGUUGCAUUCACCCAACUUCAAGAGUUACACCCUCCCCCAGGCGACAGAAGGUUUCAAGAUUCUGCUGGGGCCACCAUGCACCCAGAGACCCUCGAAGACCUCUAUCGACUUGCCACAAGAUUUGUGCAGAGGUGUCCCCUGCCCCUAUUGGAGUCCGGAAACGGUACAACCAUCCAAGGUCUUGUCAACUGUGCCAUCGCAUCCAUUGCUAUUGAGCAGCGAGAUGCCCACAAUUCUAUCUCCAAGUUCCUCAAUGACCUUCUAGACUGUGGGCUGUCUCGUUCGCACAAGGAGGACUUUCCAAAGAGAAGAGGAUUGGUGCUGAACCUGAUGGAGGGGAAUGGACAGAACCUGACAACAGCCAUAGUGCAAACAUCUGUCAAUCAUCCGUCAUACUUGAUUCCUGACCUGGCUGAAGUCCUCUUCUGCAUGAUUCAGCUUGACCGUGCAAAGGUGUGUGGGUGGCUGGAAGAAGCAUUGAAGUCCUUACCGUCGAAAGAAGCUGUUGGAGUCACACAUCAGGAAUUGGUUCAGUGCCAUCGACGCAUCACGAUGGCGGAAGCAAUCAAGGAUGUGUCGAGGGCCUUGAAGGACUUCGCACGACUCUAUCGAUGACCUGGGCUUCUAGUUACCUCCACCAUGACUGUUAUUGCUACCAUUGUCUAAUAUGGUGUGUGAUUCUCGGCUUCACAGUUUAUCCUGCAUUGUGA